CUGCCACACUCACCAGCUGCCCCACUCACCAGCUGCCCCACUCACCAGCUGCCCCACUCACCAGCUGCCCCACUCACCAGCUGCCCCACUCACCAGCUGCCCCACUCACCAGCUGCCACACUCACCAGCUGCCACACUCACCAGCUGCCCCACUCACCAGCUGCCCCACUCACCAGCUGCCCCACUCACCAGCUGCCCCACUCACCAGCUGCCCCACUCACCAGCUGCCACACUCACCAGCUGCCCCACUCACCAGCUGCCCCACUCACCAGCUGCCCCACUCACCAGCUGCCCCACUCACCAGCUGCCCCACUCACCAGCUGCCCCACUCACCAGCUGCCCCACUCACCAGCUGCCCCACUCACCAGCUGCCCCACUCACCAGCUGCCCCACUCACCAGCUGCCCCACUCACCAGCUGCCCCACUCACCAGCUGCCACACUCACCAGCUGCCCCACUCACCAGCUGCCACACUCACCAGCUGCCCCACUCACCAGCUGCCCCACUCACCAGCUGCCCCACUCACCAGCUGUCCCACUCACCAGCUGCCCCACUCACCAGCUGCCCCACUCACCAGCUGCCCCACUCACCAGCUGCCACACUCACCAGCUGCCCCACUCACCAGCUGCCACACUCACCAGCUGCCCCACUCACCAGCUGCCCCACUCACCAGCUGCCCCACUCACCAGCUGCCCCACUCACCAGCUGCCACACUCACCAGCUGCCCCACUCACCAGCUGCCCCACUCACCAGCUGCCCCACUCACCAGCUGCCCCACUCACCAGCUGCCACACUCACCAGCUGCCCCACUCACCAGCUGCCCCACUCACCAGCUGCCCCACUCACCAGCUGCCCCACUCACCAGCUGCCCCACUCACCAGCUGCCCCACUCACCAGCUGCCCCACUCACCAGCUGCCCCACUCACCAGCUGCCCCACUCACCAGCUGCCCCACUCACCAGCUGCCCCACUCACCAGCUGCCCCACUCACCAGCUGCCCCACUCACCAGCUGCCACACUCACCAGCUGCCACACUCACCAGCUGCCCCACUCACCAGCUGCCCCACUCACCAGCUGCCACACUCACCAGCUGCCCCACUCACCAGCUGCCCCACUCACCAGCUGCCCCACUCACCAGCUGCCCCACUCACCAGCUGCCCCACUCACCAGCUGCCACACUCACCAGCUGCCCCACUCACCAGCUGCCCCACUCACCAGCUGCCCCACUCACCAGCUGCCACACGGGGACUGCUAGCGACCCGUUGUCAACCAUGGCGCUGGUGAGGCAGGUGAGCAGGGGCGUGGGGGCGAGGGGGACAGGGAGGACGGAGGUCGAGAAGCAGGUGAGGCGACGAGCUUGGCACAUGCGAACAGUUGGCAGUAGGACAGGUGGCAGGGGGACAGCUGGCAGGGGGACAGCUGGCAGGGGGACAGGUGGCAGGGGGACGCAGUUGCAACACAGACAGAGCACCCAAGCGCUUCUCCAGCAAGGCAUUCAGAUCGGCAGCUGGACCGUCCAAACCAAAAGCGCCUCUGACGGGCCCUGGGGGGUGGCGAGGCUUGGGAAGCAGCAGGCGCAGCCUGAAUGCCGCACCAGGCGCAGCCUGAAUGCCGCAGCAGGCGCAGCCUGA